AUGCUCGACAAGGCUGACUGGUAUGGCGGGAUCUCCGAGCUCGGCAAACGCACCAUUUCGUCUUACUUCAUUCUCCAAAGUUUAUCAAAAUGGUCUCUCUAUCACCAGUUUCCACUUGAGUACGUUCUGAUUUCACCUAAAAUGACAUCCGAAUCAAGUAAACCAUAUGCCUUUAAUUUACCAGACGUGCCUACACCCCCGCCGUCCUAUAAGCACGUAGCUAUCACGCCACUCCUCCCAACAAGCAGACUAAUCACACUCGCUGGUAUGACCGGCACUGAUUACAGGCGGGCAGAUAAUCCAAAAACCGUGCGCGAACAAGCUCCAAUCGCGUAUGAAAAGGUUAAAAAAGGUUUAGCUGCUGCUGGUGCAACACCACGAGACAUUGUGCAAGUUAAACAUUACAUUGUUAAGGACUCGGGCGAUGCUCAGGUGGAUAAACUUGACGUAGUUGACCGCGGUUGGGCUGAGGCUUGGAUGGAGUUCAUGGAUCGCGAAGCAGACGGUCAUCGACCACCUGACACUGUUAUUGGCGUCGCAUGCCUGGCCAAAAAAGCUAUCUUGUACGAGUGUGAGGUAUGGGCAGUUGUGCAUGCUUGAAAGAUCUCAAAAACUUAUUUGCUACUGAACUGACUUUCCGGCUGCUUUUCAAUGUGCAUAAAAAUUGAAUCUAGACUUGACAAAGUCCAGAAAAAGGUCGAGGGGAGAUGGGAGAACGGACUUGAAUCUGAUGACACUCCUUUCGAUUCCACCGUUGCACUGCUCUAUCCUUUAAAGUUAAUUCAGGAUAUCAAAAUCGGCGUAGCAGGAACUAGCUCCGUGCAUCUUGCUGACGAAUGGGCACCAUUGUUCUUGUCAAACAGAAACCUGUCAGAACCUUUCUCCAUUUCGAUGAUGACUGUAAGUAUGGAAAAUGAGGUUAGUUCUGCAUCGAUCACUCAG